AUGAGAUUGUCGCCUUGGUCUCUUAAUGGUCCACGCUUAAUCGUUUAUGUACUUAAUAGCCUCUUAUGUAGUUUUAUUUUCUUUCUUACAUUACAUAUUAUUCAUUAUACACCUAUUGCCAUUAAUUCAUUAAGAUUUAAUUAUCGGCGUCGACCUGAAUGUACAUGUUAUAGACAUCGAUUACCUCGAUUCGAUUUUAAUUUAAUAUUAAAUCUGAUCGAGAAUCAAACUUUUCUCUGUAGUGAUUAUGCUACUCGACGUGGACCACAUCAACGUAUUAUUUCUAUUAGCCUUUAUGGACCAAAAGAAAAUAAAAGAUUUCAAUAUAAUCAAUCCCUUUCUUUCUUACAUGAACUUAUUAAUGAUGUAAACACAAUAUAUUCUGACAAUUUUAUAUUACGUAUUCAUCAUGAUGAUACAAUAUCCCUAUCAGAUGUUAUAUGUCCUAUAGAAUGUCGACAUCAUAAUGUUGAUUUUUGUAAUAUGGAAUCUAAACUUUUUAUUCCACCAAAAAUCUGGCGUUUUAUACCUGCUGGUGAUCCACUUGUUGAUAUUAUGAUGAGUCGUGAUCUUGAUUCACCAUUAACACAACGUGAACGUGCAGCUGUUGAUGUAUGGCUUGCUUCUAAUAAAUCAUUCCAUAAUAUGCGUGAUCAUCCAAUGCAUGCAGUGCAUAUGCUUGGUGGAAUGUGGGGCUUUCGACCUUCACUAAAUCCGACAGUGUCUCUUUUAAUACAUAAUAAAAUUCAUGAUCGAAGUUUAGUAAAACGUUAUCGUGGUAUCCGUGAUCAAUCAUUUCUGUCUCGUGAAGUGUGGCCCCAAGCUCUAUCAAGUAUCAUUGUUCAUGAUAGUUUUCUUUGUACGAAAACCUAUAGUAAAAAUUCAGAACCAUUUCCAACACAACGCCCAUCUGCGAAUGAAAUAAAUUGUUAUGUAGGUUGUGUACGACCUUGUUGUGAUGAUGGAAAACUACCUUUUGGUGAAUGUCCAAAACAAUGUCGUCCAAAAGAUCAUCCAGAAUGGAAUUAUUGUUAA